AUGGACAAGGAAUUUGAAGCCUUGGAUUCCAACAGAACAUGGGACAUAGUGCAGCUUCCAACUGGAAAGAAAGCGUUGCCCUGCAAGUGGGUUUAUAAAGUGAAAUUGAAAUCAAAUGGUGCUUUAGAAAGGCUCAAGCUUGAUGUGAAUAACGCCUUUUUGCACGGGGACUUGCACGAAGAAGUGUACAUGAGGUUUCCCCCUGGAUUGAGUCCUCCUUCUCCAACACAUGUAUGUCGCCUUCGCAAAUCUUUGUACGGUCUUAAACAAGUUUCGCGCCAAUGGUAUUCCCGUUUGUCUUCAGCCUUUGCCAUGAGAGGAUUUAGUUCUUCGCUCAAUGAUUACUCCCUCUUCUUCAAAUUAACUGGUGAUUUGAUCACGAUCCUUGCUGUCUAUGUAGACGAUAUUCUGAUCACCGGGAACAACAAAGCAGAAAUCAAUGACAUUAAGCAAUUCUUGGACUAUGAGUUCAAAAUUAAAGAUUUGGGAGAAGCUCACUAUUUCUUGGGAAUGGAGUUGGUACGAGAAAAUGAAGGACUUGUUGUAACCCAAAGAAAAUUUGCCCUAGAACUGCUCUCUGAAUUUGAUUGCAUGAACUGUAUACCUGUUUCUACCCCUUUGGAGUAUACUCUUAAACUUUCCUCCGACUCUGGUACACCCCUUCCUGAUCCAAUUGUGUAUCGAGGACUGCUGGAUAAGUUGAAUUUUUUGACGAACACAAGGCCUGACCUUACAGUUCAAACCCUCAGUCAAUAUAUGCAAACCUCCUUUUCCGGACAUUAUCAGGCUGCUUUACGCACUUUACGUUAUUUGGCUGGGAAUCCGGGGCUUGGUUUGUUCAUGACACCAGAGCCCUCUAUUCAAAUUCUGGCCUUUUGCGACUCUGAUUGGACAUCUUGUGCCGACACUCGACGAUCUGUGAGUGGCUUUUUCAUGAGUCUAGGAGGCUGUCCAAUUUCCUGGAAAUCGAAAAAACAACCAGUUGUUGCCCUCUCUUCAGCAGAAGCGGAAUACAGAUCUAUGAGGCGUUUGGUAGCAGAAAUUACUUGGAUUGUUCAUCUUCUUCACGGUCUCAGUACUCCGGCAAUUUUGCCGGUCCCUCUUCACUGUGACAACCAAGCCGCAAUACAUAUUGCGAGGAACCCCGUUUUUCAUGAACGAACGAAGCAUAUUGAGCUUGAUUGUCACUUCGUUCGUGAAAAAUUGCUUGAUGGGUUAAUCUCACUUUCCUAUGUUCCAUCUUCUUCACAGCUUGCUGAUUUAUUUACAAAAGCUCUUACUUGA